GGACAGGGGGCAGCCCCGUGAAUAAAUUAUCAUUUUGGAGCGUCACUUUUGCACACUUGAUUCAAAAUUUGAACAUCUUAUGAGAGAAAAUCCGUAAUUUGUGUGACGAAAAUGUAUAAUAACUUAGAUCUGAACGCUUUAAGCAUAGAUGAUAUUGUGGAGGAGUACAAGUUGCUGAAUGAGAGGCAUCAGCAGCUGAAGGAACGCCGCGAGGAGGAUGCUCAACGAAUCCACGAGCUCAAACGCAGCUUGGACACUGCGUUAGCAGCUGAAAAGUACCUUACACAGGAAUUGGAACAAUUAAGCAUUCAAGCGCAGGCCGCUUGCCCCAACGUCGAGUCGCGUAUGCAACAGGAAUUGGAGGAACUUCGACGAAAGUACAGGAAUCUACAGGUGGAACACGAAGCCUUGCAACUGGACAACGAUGCCAAGUUGGAGGAGACUGUUAAUCUCAAGGCCAAACUGGAGGCGACGGCCCGGGAUUUAGAGUCACGUGUCGCAUUAAGUGCCAACAGCUUACACGAUGAAUGCACAGCACGUUUGAAUGCAAUGGAAAAGGAGAAUGCUGAGCUUAUGCAAAAGUUGGCUGAAUUUGAGGAUGUCAAAGUGCAAAAUACAUUUGCUGUGGCCGAGCAAGAGAAAUCAAUAGAGAUAUUAAAAGAUCAAGUGAGCUGCCUGGAGGAGAAUCUGCGUGGCAAACGCGAUGAGUUGGAGGAGAAGCUGCAACUGUUGGAGAGCUCCCAGGAGCAGCUUGUCGAAGCCAACGCCAAGAUAGCACUGCUCUCUAGUGCACCCGAAACUAAUGAUCGUAAGGGCAACUCACUGUUCGCCGAGGUGGAUGAUCAGCGUCAGGUGAUGAAACACUUGCUGGCGAGCCAAAAGAAAAGCUAUCUGGACAUGAAGAAGAUAUUCAAUGAGAGCAAAUUUGAGAUUCAUCGUCUCAAGCGGGAGAACAUUGCCAUGCAUACACAGUUACAGGCUUGCAGCACCAUUUUCUGCAGUGCAGAUAAAACCUAUCAAAAUAAGCUCAAUGAACGCAUUCGUCAGCUGAUGGCGCAGAAUGUGAAACUGGAGCGUGAUUUAAAUGUGUCGCAGGAACGUUUGCGGGAAUUGGCCAGACAAAAAUCCGUGACUUGGCUUGAUUCCAUGCUGGAUUUCUGCAAACGCGAAACGGACGAACUGAAGACACAACUCCAUAGCAUGCACAUCCAAAAGGCCACAAUCGAUGAACAGAUGCGUAAUGUGCAACAGGAAAUGGCGCGCUGGCGCUUUGAGUCUCUAAAAUCCCGUUGUGUGCUCAUUGAUCGCGAGAAUCUAUUGACGGAGCACAAGAUUACCUUCAAGCCCGUAAAGGCUAUGGAAUUUGACAUCAAGGAGGCGCAAAUAAAAGCUGCACUGCCUCGCAUUGUCAGUGUCCUGACCCCAACAACAAACACUCAACAGACAAGUUCAACUGAAGUAAUUUCUAUGACUUCGCCCCUUAAAGCUGAGCAGCAAGCAGAUACAAACACUGCUCCAAUAGAGUUCAAGCAGGAAUUGUCAUUGAAUCAAUCUGAAACCGAAAUAACUGUGGAGCAAUUGCAAUGUAAAAUUGAACCCGAGGAUGUUGAUCCUCCAACCGUUGCCAAGCCAGUCAAUUCACGUUUUGGUUUAAUCAAAGUCAAAGAUGAGCAGGAGCUGCUGUCUCCCAAAUAUGUGACCGAGGAGAAACAGGAGGCAGCGGAAAUUAUCCUGCCUAAUAAGCCCAAUCGUAAGGGCACACCUGUUAAAUUCGCACAGAUCAAAUCAGAGAUCCCAGAAGACAAAAUAGAAACAUUGCCAUCCAGAUCUCAACUCAGAGGAACACCAAUUAAAAGCAGAGAGGAUACUGAGGUGGAUGUCAAACCCCUAUGCACGGUAACUCCAGUAAGAGUCCAAGUUAAUUCCAUGCAGGAGACAACCAACAAUAAUGUGCGUUCCAUAAUGGUCAAAAAGCGCGAUCUAUUCGCUGAGGAUUCACAUAAGAAUGUUCAGUUCAGCAGGAGUGAUCCAAUUGUACACAAUUUAAGUCCGCUCGAAAGCAGCAAGGAGAACGAAAAUCCGGUCAGUAAGGACAUAAAGCUUCCUAAGAAAUCCCAGCAUAUAAUAAGACGCGUUGUUGUCCCUGCAAAAAAUUCGGGCCUCUCCCUAAAAAAAUGAUUUAUAAAUAAAAAUUAUUAAAUGAUUUUAAUUAGA